UUCUAAUCGUACUGUAGGUACACUCAUGGUCUGCAGAUAGCAGUCAAUAGCGACAGGGAACAUGUUCAUUCUUGUAGCCGUCAAGGACACCAUACCCGUCCCUCCAAAAGCCUUCGCCCUCCCUCCCCACAUAACUAUCAAAGAUGCUAUCAACAGAAAGUAUUCCAACAAACUCGUCUCCCAAAAAGGUCUCGGUCUGUCAGUAUGGGAUAUCCUCACUGCCGAAGAUGGAAAAGUGACCUGGGGAAAUGGUUUGAUGUACUACAAAGUCUCAUUCCGAUUAAUGCUUUUUUCACCAUUCAUAAGUGAGAUCAUAGUGGGGAAAGUGUUGAGUUCUAGUAAAAAGUAUAUACGAAUAUCUCUUGGUUUCUUCAGAGAUGUUUAUAUCUUACCAGCUUUCUUACCACCAAAUUCGGCUUUCGAUCAAGAUGAAAACAAAUGGUUUUGGUAUUCCGAUGAGGACGAUCGUGUCUAUAGUCAAAUAGAACUUCUCAAUACUAUAUAUACUCAACGAUUAUAUAUAGAUAUUGGCGAACCCGUUCGGUUCAGAGUAGACAGUAUCGAAUGGCAAGAUAUCCGACCUCCACCACCACCGAACGAACUGGGAGAAUUGCCUCCUCAAAAAGAUCCUAUAGAUCGAGCAGGAAUGAAAGUUCUUGCUUCCAUUGCCGAAUCGGGUCUUGGGGUUGUUUCUUGGUGGGAUGGGCAAGAAGAAGAGGUGGUCAUGGAAGAAUGAUCAUACACC